AUGUUAGACAAUGACUCCUCAAAACCUGAUGAGCUAGGCAAUACCGCUCAACCAAUAGAGACAGACUCGUCAACGGAAGCACCGGCCGAGGAAAUCUCUAAGAAAGAUAAAGCUCCUCCACUACCAACAGCCACAUCAUCGCCAAAAGGCCCCGCUUCCUUUAAUGAAAAACCUGAUAUUAGAUUCACACAGAUCAGAUAUAAUUCUGGAGGUGGGAAAAACUUUUUUCAGAAUGUGUUUGAAAAUAUUAAACGUGACUUCGAAAAGAACAAAGAAAUGAAAGAAAACCUGAAGAAAUUUAGGGAGGAAAGAGAGAAAUUAGAACAGUCUGAUGCAUUGAAACAAGCCAGAAAAAAAUUUGAAAAUAUAGAAAAAGAAACAUCUGGUCUAAAAGAGAGCUUGAAAGGAGUCAGAGAAAAGGUGUCAGAGACAUUUGAAGAAGUACAGAAAUCAGAUAUUGGUAAGAAGGCAGGGGAGAUAACUGAAGAAUUAGGCAAAACUGCCGGUAAAGCUGCAGAGAAAUUAUCACAAUCUACACAAAAUAUAUCUAAGACAGCUUCAUAUAAAACUAUAUCACAGGGUGUUAAAGCUGUCAAAGAUGAAUUUGAUGAAACAACUUUAUCAGGGGCAACACAUUAUAAACCACCAGCCAAAUUAAGAAUGAGAUCAGAGUUUGCCAUGUCAUCAAAAGAAGACAGACAUGUAGAUGCUGAUGAUGAGUCACUGGUCAUUAUUAAAAUCGGGGAGGCGGCAGACUAA